AUGGACGACUCAUUGGAUUUUUCGGAUCUUAUGAACAUAGCGGAACAGAACAACGCCGAAAAACAAAUAGGAAUAAAACGCUACUCAACAAACUUCGCCCCGCAGAAGAAGAAACCUCAACAAAAUGUCGAAGUUAAUCAGAAUGCUGUGCAGAAAUUAUUGGUGCAGAAGAAAAGGGAGGAAAUUCGAAGGAGGGUAGAGGAGCAGAAAAAGAAAGAACGACUUAUGGCUCAACGAUCACAAAACAAGAAAGCAAGUGGGAGAAUUUCAUCCAUGCUGAAACGAACAAAAUCUGCUAUUAAAGGAACGGUUUCAAUUGAGGAAAGUGGUGCUGCUGAGGAUCAGUUGGAAGCGGAUGAUUUCGGUUACUCAUCUUCGUCGGCGGACAAACUUCAUCUUGCCUUGAUGCAAAAGUACCAGAAAAGUGCUGGACCGAGUCAGAAGCCGGCUAGAGCGACAGUUAAAGACUUGGAAGCUGUUAAAGCGAGAAUGAAAGAAAACAUUGCUGAAGGUGAACCGCAGAGUUCCAGAACGCAUCACACGUCUCCGCCAAAGUCUACGAAAAUCAUUUCUAAACCAGAUACGCCAGUCAAUACGCCGAAAUUCAAAAUUCCCAAGAAGAACAUGCCGCCCCCUAUGUCAUUCGAAGAAUUGCUUAGUGUUGCCGAGGAGAAAGCGAAAGCUCCGAUUGAUUACAUAUCUUUAUUUGAUGAGAAAGACGAUGGAAUUGAUAGACCCAUGACUGCAAAGGAAAAGGAGGAAUACUUGAGAGAACGAGCCGCCAGGCUAAGAAGAGAAGGUAAAAUUCCCAGAAAUACGAAAGUUGGAAGUUCUGUGCCAAGUAAGCAGCCUGAAGCAACGAAAGCGGUUGCUCCAUCUGGUUUACCAAAAAUACCCAAGAAGAAUUCCUGUGCUCCUCCAGUUGUAGCUUCCGUGCAGCGGAGUGUUGGUGUUUCGGAGAAACCCACGACGAACACCGACGCAAAAACAGUUCCUGCUCCACCCCAGCCAAAAACGUCGGCGCCACCUCAGCCGAAACCGUCGACACAACAUAAACCUUCUCCAUCACCCCCGUCUAAACCAUCUGGAGCACCCCAACCGAAAUCCUCCGCCCCACUUCCGUCUAAAGCUUCUGCUCCUCUCCAACAGAAGUCAUCUGCACCAUCCCAGCAAAAAUCUCAGUCUGUCUCCUCUGCCCAACCGAAAAAAAUUGUCCAAGAGAAGCCGGCUCCGAAAGUGUCACAACCCGCUAAGAGCUCGUCAACCGCUGAUGGUUAUAUUCCGAAGAAAGUCAGCGGAGAGUACGUACCGAAGUCUGUUUCGGGUGCUUAUGUGCCGAAGCCUGUUUCUGGUGCUUAUGUGCCGAAACCUGUUUCCGGUACCCCGAAGAGUGCCUCGGAAGUUUCGUAUAAGGCUACGAAAAUAGUUGAAAAGCGACAAGAUGGAAAUAGGGCUGUCCCGUCGACUUCAGGAUUAAAAAUGAAAGGAGCUGUCAAAAGACCGUUGUCGCAGGGCAGGGGUGAAGCUUUCCGGAAACCCGUGUGUCCGCCUAUGAAAAAAUCAGCACCUCCAGCGAGGCGUCGCAUUGAAAGUGAUUCCGAAGAAGAGUACGAUAGUGAAAUGGACGAUUUCAUUGAUGACGGCCCGUUGGAUGAUGGCAUGGAUGUUUCUACGGAAAUCGGUCGUCUCUUUGGAUAUGAUCGUCGGAAAUAUGCUAAUCUCGACGACGAUGACGACGAGUGUAUGGAAGCGAGCUAUAGUGACCAGAUGAAGGAAGAAUUUCGCUCAACGAAAGCCGGCAUUUUGGAAGAUCUGCGGGAAGCUAGGCUGCAAAAGAUGCAGAAGAAGAAGCACUCAGCAUUCAUUGGAGUUUUAGCCACGAUCCUGUAUUCGUCGUACGUGUUCUUGCCGCAUUACACUUGGAGGUUGCUGGUUCUCUGUGGCAUCUUCGUGCCCCCGGACGGAGCGACAAUUGAGGACGUUCGAUUAAUGCCCUGA